CUGGCCCUGCCGGCUCGGCUGAAAAUGGCGGCGGCGGCGGCUGGGGGCGCCCGUGUGGUGGCUUCGGUCAAGGUGGUGAAGCCUUUUCUGUCCCGGAACCAGGGCGAAGCCAAGCGUCGGGUGCGGGAGCUUUACCGGGCCUGGUACCGGGAGGUGCCCAACACCAUACAGAAAUUCUACCUGGAUAUCACAGUGAAACAGGGACGGGAUAAAGUACGGGAAAUGUUCAUGAAAAAUGCCCACGUAACUGACCCCCGGAUUAUCGACUUACUAGUGAUUAAGGGUAAAAUGGAUCUUGAAGAAACUAUUAAAGUGUGGAAGCAGCGGACACACAUCAUGCGUUACUUCCAUGAAACAGAAACACCCCGACCCACAGAUUUCCUCUCCAGGUUCUAUGAGGGACACGAUGUGUAAAUAAUGAGAGAAAAUGGCUAUUGUAAAAUAAAUAUUAAAAAAUCUUAUAAUGUUAA